AGAAGGCAAUGACUGGCACAGUUUUUUUAGCACAUCUCAUUUUAACUUAAUUUGUUUACAUAUUAAAUAAAAGUAACUAGCAAAUAUGCUCAAACUAACGUUCAUUGGAUUGUGCUUCUGCUUUCGUCUGGCGCAAAAGGUGGUUUCCGGAGAGGAUCUUUAUCAAGUGGGAGGUGAGCUGGUGUUGACACCGGACAAAUCCACAGUGCCUGACCCCAUCACAAGCAUCCUAUGGAAGCAUGGGAGGAACAAGGUGGCAGAGUGGGACAAGGGUUUCGGUCUGGACAUCUAUGGUACCUUCAAAGAGCGUACAACCCUGGACCAGACUACUGGAGAACUGACAAUCAGUGGAUUGAUGAAAACAGACAGUGGAGUUUAUUCUGUGGAGUUCAACAGCAAACUGCUUGACAAGACAUAUACACUGUCUGUUAUCAAGGCAGUCCCCAAACCCACAAUCACUUCUUCCUGUAACGCCAACAAAACCUCCUGCACUCUGACCUGUGAGGGCGACACCACUGAUGCUGAACCCGUCACCUACAGCUGGAAAGUGGGGGAGGGGGCGUGGGAGGUUGUAGGAAAACAGCUGAUUGUCUCUAAGAGCGACACUGGCAAAUCAACCAAUGGUUACAAGUACAUCUGCAAGCUGAAGAAUUAUGUUCGUGGGGAAGGGGAAGUCAGUGAGCCAAUUGGACAGGUGUUUGGCUCAGAGCCUUCUGAAAUUGAUGGUGGGGUUGUUGGUGGUGUUGUCAUUACUAUUGUAGCGCUUGUUGCCAUCGUCAUAACAGUUUGGUUGGUGUGGAAGAAAAUGAAAGCAGCUGAAGCCAGUGGAUCCAAUAGUCCUAAAUAUGAGUCAAAGCCUGAGGCUAAAGGCAGUGAUGUAGUCCAGCCAGAACAAGAGAUUACGGUUCCGCUAACGGUCAACCACAAAACAGGGGAAGAGGACGCAGACAAACCUGGAAAGGGGCAGGAGAAUGGAGCUGGUGGUCUUCCUGGUGGGGUAACUGAGAACAAGAAAAAUGGGGCAUGUGUGUAAUGAUCAUGCUUCUUGAAAUGCCACACCUGUAAUGUGGAAGAAUUAUCUUGGCCAAGGAGAAAUGUUUACUAACAGGGAUGUACACAACAUUUGUCCGGAAUAAGGUUUUUGUGAGUGUGCAACAUUUCUGGGAUCUUUUAUUUCAGCUCGUGAAACAUGGGACCAACACUUUGCAUGUUGCGUUUUAUAUUUUUGUUCAGUGUAUAAAUGGUAAAUGAAGGGAAACGGCAAACAUUGCACAUAGUAACUUGCAUGCAAUCAGAUGAAGUACAGUGAGCUCCAAAAGUAUUGGGUCAGUGACACAUUGUGUUGUAUUGGCUCUGUACUCCAGCACUUUGGAUUUAAAAUGAUACAAUGACUAUGAGGUUAAAGUGCAGUCUGUCAGGUUUAAUUUGAGGGUAUUGUCAUCCGUAUCACGUGAACUCUUUAGAAAUUGCAGCAUGUCUUGUACAUAGUACCCCCCCCCCCCCCCAUUUUAGGGAAGCAAAGGUUUUGGGACAAAUUCAUAUUAAAGUAGUGUAAAGUUUAGUAUUUGGUAGCACGCAAUGUAUACAUCAAGCUUGUGACUCUACAAACUUGUUGGAUGCAUUUGCUGUUUGUUUUGGUUGUCUCAGAUUAUUUUGUGCCCAAUAGAAAUGAAUGGUAAAUAAUGCGUUGUUACUUUUAUUCUAAAUAAGAAUAUAAUGUUUCUAAACACGUUUACCUGACUAUGGAUGCUACCAUGAUUACUGAUAAUCCUGAAUGAAUCGUGAAUGAUGACGAGUGACAAAGUUAGACAGUCUGCACUUUUAACCUCAUAGUCAUUGUAUCAUUUUAAAUCCGAAGUGCUGAAGUAUAAAGCCAAAACAACCAACAAAGUGUCACUGUCUCUACUUUUGGAGCUCACUGUAUAAUGUGAUGAGCUGUGUGCUUUAUGAAUUUAUAGUACUUCAGAAAUGAGGGCAAUAUUUGUAUCUCAGAACAUUUUGAUGGGAAAAAAACAAGAGAUUAUCUUCUACUUUGAGGUAAAUAGCUUUAUGGAUUCUUACCCUUUCUCAGUAUUCAUGUCUCAUCUUUUCAAAUCUCAAUCCAUUUGUGAAGGUUGUUUUUGUUUGAAGCUGUAGUAUCAAUCACUUUGUGGUUGUAUGAUACCUUUUCAGGUAUUUUCCCCAGAGCGCUUAAUGCCAACCCACUCCACUUUCUGUUUGAAAUCACAGCUGAAUGAAUGUCUUAUAUCAUUUCACUUGACCUAUGUCAAGGAAUUUGUACAGGUUAUUGUUUUAUUACCCAGGCCUGAGAGGUAGAGCUCAUCUACCUUGUAAAGAGAGAGCUCUUCAGCACUGAGAUGUUUAAUUACUAACAACAAUAGUGCAUGUGUAUUUAAAAAAAAAAAAAAACAUGUUUAUGCAUUAAUAUUUAAUUUUGACAAACAGUGUUCGUCUUCAGCAAAUUACCCUCAGGUGUGUGUAUAUAUAUCUGUUUUCACAAUAGAAUUUUGUCACCUGAAUUUUAGGACAUUUUUUUCUCUCAAAUAUAUCUACAUCAGUCUGUGAUGGACCAUAGUAAGGGGUAACACUAGUUGCCACCAGAUUGUUGAGAACAUUUGUUGGGCAAGACCACUAAUCUGGUAUAUCCCAGGUUUUAGUUCUGUUACAGAAGAUGUUAUGAAUUAAGACCAGCUCACAUUAAUCUAUUGUGGGACUGGACCAAGACUGUUCUAAAAUGGAGUAUUGGCACAUGCAAAAACCUGUACUUGUAGUGAUGUGUUGAUGACUGAAUGUUUGAUGUCCAUGUACACAUCUGAACACCAAUUCUGUUUCAGCACUUUGUCUUAAGAAUGUAUUUUUUCCAUACUUGAUUGGUGAAAGCAAUACAUAUAGGGCUGGGUUCAGACAUCACCAACAUGCAUAUCCCUAUCUGAACCCUUCAGAUCUGUGAAUAGUGCUCUGGGGAAAGGGACUAGUUGACACUAGACUUAGAGAUCAGUCUCGUUGCAUGUACUGGAUGACUUUUUUAUUUAUUUUUUAAAACUGAACCUUUUUAACUAGGCAAGUCAGUUCAGAACGAAUUCUUAUUUACAAUGAUGGCCUAGGAACAAUGGGUUAACUGCCUUGUUCAGGUGCAGAACAGAUUUUCCCCUUGUAAACUCUGGGAUUUGAUCUAGCAACCUUUCAGUUACUGGCCCAACGCUCUAACCACUAGGCUACUUCUCAGCCAGAUUCGCUUAACGGAUCACACCACAGGACUGACGAAUCCUAAAUCAAGUGUCAACUCCUUCCUUGUGAGACAUGCUGCUGUGAAAAACAAAUGCACUUGAAAGCGCAGUGUUAAAUAUAUUUUAUCUGCAAUGAUUGAAUUCCAGCCUGCAUAUGCUGACAAUCCUUUGUAUUUUGAGGUGUUUGAUAUUUAUAUUUUUUCAAUAAAGGACUUGAGUUCUA